GGACGGCAGCGGGCUGAUUGACCUGUUGGGGUAGUUCCGGGAAGCGCGCGGUGUUAGUCGGCGCUCCCUUGCUUCCCCCCCGCUGCUCUCUUCGUCACGCGCUCCCCUCCCCUUCCGCUCUGCUGCCUUGUCACCAGCUGCUGCGGGGACCGGGGAACCUCAGCGGGACCAUGGCCGGCCAGCAGGACAAGGCUGCCUUAAUUAGCGAAACCAGACGACGCUUUGAGACUGAAUAUGUGCCAGAUAAAUCAGAUAAAUAUGAUUCCAGAGAUGUGGAAAGAUUGCAGCAAGAUGAUAAUUGGAUUGAAAAUUAUUUAAUUUGGCGUCAUGAUGUUGUGGAUGAUACACUGAAGAUGAUUGAUGAAAGCUUUCAGUGGAGGAAAGAAUACAUGGUCAACGAUUUGUCUGAAUCUGCCCUUCCAAAAUGGUUAUUUGAAAAUGGUGCUCUUUACCUGCAUGGAUAUGAUAAAGAGGGCUACAAGUUAUUCUGGUUCAGGGUGAAGUUUCAUACAAAAGAUCCUAAACUGCAGUUUGAAAAAAAGAAGUUUGUAGCCUUUUGGUUAGAGCAUUAUGCCAGAAGAGAACAUGGGAAGCCUUUAACAGUGGUGUUUGACAUGGCUGAAACUGGACUCAGUCACAUAGACUUGGACUUCAUUCGGUUCAUCAUCAACUGUUUUAAAGUUUAUUAUCCUAAUUACCUCUCAAAGAUAGUGAUCUUUGAAAUGCCAUGGAUAAUGAAUGCUGCUUUUAAAAUUGUGAAGGGUUGGCUUGGUCCAGAUGCGAUAAGCAUGUUGAAGUUUGCAAACAAGAAUGAAGUGCAGGAAUACAUCAGUGCAGAAUAUCUGCCUGCCUACAUGGGUGGAAUUGAUACUUUCAAGUUCAGUUACCCUCCAUUGGUUGAUGAUGAUUUUCAAACUCCAUUAUGUGAAAAUGGACCUAUUACUACUGAAGAUGAAACUGAAAGUAAAGAGGAGGUGGAAGCAGACAGCAAGGAGGCUGGAGAAUCCAGUGAAGAGCAAAUUCUCAAUGUGAAAAAGGUAUGUUCUGUAGAACAAAUUUCCAAACCAGACGAGAAUGACAAAACAGAUUCCAAAACAAAAAAUGCAAAGAAAGCGUUAACCAUUUUUAAAGGACCGUUAUUACAUAUAAGUCCGGCAGAAGAGCUGUUUUUUGGAUCCAAAGAAAUUGGAGAGAAAAAAUGUUUGAUAGUUCUCACAAAUGUGACUAAAAAUGUAGUGGCCUUUAAGGUGAGAACAACUGCUCCUGACAAGUAUAGAGUUAAACCAAGUAAUAGUAGCUGUGAACCUGGUACAUCAAUAGACAUAGUAGUAUCCCUCCAUGGUGGUUUUGCCGCUUCCCUGCAGGACCGUUUCCUGAUAAUGGCAGCAGAAAUGGACCAGGCUUCUGGAGCAGGCGUACCAGAAUUAGCUCAGUUUUGGAAAGAAGUCCCUAGAAACAAAGUGAUGGAACAUAGGUUAAGAUGUCAUGUUGUAGAAAGUAGCAAGCCUUCUACUCUGACAUUAAAAGAGAAUUCAUUUAAUAUUCCUACAAAAACCAAUGAAGAUUUACACUUACAGCUAACUCAAUUAUUACAGGUUAAUAGAAGACUUCAAGAGCAGAUUGAUCGCUGUGUCUGGUUCCAGCAGCUAAUAGUUGUAUUAGCAUUGUUCUUAGUUGCUAUUGCUGCCUUUUGCUUCUUCCUGUUGUACACUCAGAGAUGCUAA